CUCUCCUUGUUUUGCUUUCGAUCUGGACUGUUCUCAGGCAAGCCGGGGAGUAACUUUUAGUUUUGCUCCUGCGAUUAUUCAACUGACGGGCUUUCAUUUCCAUUUCACACACCCUAGCAACACUUAAACCUUGCGGAAUUGUAUUGGUAGCGUGAAAAAGCACACUGAGAGGAUACCAUGCCUGUGGAAAGGAUGCGAAUGCGCCCAUGGCUGGAGGAGCAGAUAAAUUCAAAUACAAUACCAGGGCUGAAGUGGCUUAACAAGGAAAAGAAGAUUUUUCAAAUCCCUUGGAUGCAUGCAGCUAGACAUGGGUGGGAUGUGGAAAAAGAUGCUCCACUCUUUAGAAACUGGGCAAUCCACACAGGAAAGCAUCAACCAGGUGUAGAUAAACCUGACCCCAAAACAUGGAAGGCAAAUUUCCGAUGUGCCAUGAACUCCUUGCCUGAUAUUGAAGAAGUCAAGGACAAAAGCAUAAAGAAGGGAAACAACGCCUUCAGAGUGUACCGGAUGUUGCCCUUGUCUGAACGGCCUUCUAAGAAAGGAAAGAAACCAAAGACAGAAAAAGAAGACAGAGUAAAGCACAUCAAGCAAGAACCAGUUGAGUCAUCUUUGGGGCUUAGUAAUGGAGUAAGUGAUCUUUCUUCCGAGUAUGCGGUCCUGACUUCACCUAUAAAAAAUGAAGUGGAUAGUACGGUGAACAUCAUAGUUGUAGGACAGUCUCAUCUGGACAGCAGCAUUGAGGAUCAAGAGAUCGUCACCAAUCCACCAGACAUUUGCCAAGUUGUGGAAGUGACCACUGAGAGUGAUGAGCAGCCAGUCAGUAUGAGCGACCUCUACCCUCUGCAGAUAUCCCCUGUGUCUUCCUACGCAGAAAGCGAAACUACCAAUAGUGUGCCGAGCGACGAAGAGAGCAACGAGGUGAGGCCCCAUUGGAGGAAGAAGAACAUUGAAGGCAAACAGUACCUCAGCAACAUGGGGACGAGAAGCACCUACCUGCUGCCCCCCAUGGCAACCUUUGUCACUUCCAACAAGCCUGAUCUUCAGGUCACCAUCAAAGAGGAGAGCUGUCCAGUGCCUUACAACAGCUCCUGGCCCACAUUCGCAGACCUCCCCCUCACUCCCUCUGUGACUGCAGCCGCCAGCACCAGUCGGCCAGACCGGGAGACGCGGGCCAGCGUCAUCAAGAAGACAUCAGAUAUCACCCAGGCCCGGGUCAAGAGCUGUUAA